AUGGACGGGCCCGCGUCAAAGAGACGCCGGGUCUCGCCUCGCACUUCCUCCAUGAACAUUGGCAGCUCCAGCAGCGACGACGCGAUACUGUCGUCCCAGCACUCUCCCAUUCCUGCAGCGAGUCGCCCUCCCAAAUCCAGGCAGACGAGGGCUGGAGGAGCGCGCAGCCAGCCGCAUUCGCUAGACGAAGAACAAUCUGCGCCGCCGCCAACGACCGACGGAUCAGCACGAGAAGCUGUCGACGAAGCUACCGACGCGCCUACAGCAGCAGCGAAUGCGUCGGCGCGAGGGAACGAUGAGGCUGCGCAGAGCCUUGGGUCACUGCCAUCGUCGGGACCAGCCGAGGGGAGCUCGGUUGGGUUGCCCAUUAGAUCGCCUUUCAAGCCGAGGCCACGACCUUUACCCCCGCCCGCGCCCGAAGGAGACGACGAGGCAGAUUCGUUCUUGGGGAGGAGACAGCGGAGAUCGCCAAAUACUGGCCGGCCCAUCGCCUUCCCAGAACCUGAGCUGCCGCCUUCUGUCCCCGAUUCCGCCUCCUUCAAGCCCCCGAAAGGCAUACACAGCAGUCCAUCGCGAUGGAGAGACAAACCGAGGCCGAAGAAAAGCUCGCCUUUGAAGCCGUCAAAUGCAAGCCAGCCUCCCAGAAAGCCCGGCAGCAAACCCGUACUGCCAAUGCAUAGCUUUACGCUUCCUCCCGGGGAGACCGAUAGCCCCUCGGAAGAGCGUCCUCUGCACGAUAAGGCCCACCCGGCUCGACAAGUCAGCGCGUUUGACCCGAAUGGAGCCAAGAAGAAGCAAAUUGAGGCUCUCGACGAAGAAAUUGCAAGGUUGAAGCAGGACCUGCAGAUAGUUAGCAAGGAGAACGAUCGGAUACGGCUGAUGCAGUCAUCCGGCCGCAUCCUGAGCUUUGCAGAUGAAGAAGAGGUGUUCGACGUGGUGCGGCGGCACCUCAUCGAGUCAGAGGCAAAACCCCUGCCGCCACCAUCGCAGCAGUUGUUGAAAGCGGCAUUAAAUCCCUCGGCCCUGUUACCAUUUGGAAGGACAAUGCCGGUCGUCGCCACGACAGACGAUCAGGUCAACGUCGCAGACAUCAAGUCUCACCAUCCCGUAAAGAUGACGGCAGAAGAAGAGUUGCCAUACCUACAACUGUUUAGCCCAUUUGAGGUCACUUCAACAAUGGCCGUCUUGCAUGCGGAUGGAGACCAACCCCUACGACAGCGACGUGUCAUGACUUUCCGAUCAAAAGAUGCACCGGGGCUCUUCACAUCCAAGGUUGAGAUGAUGGUCAAUGCCACUAAUUCGAGCAUCAUGGAGCUCAAGAUACAAUCGCUGGAGCCCGCGGCCAGGACCGAGCUGGGGCCGUUCGUCACCAGAAUAUGCGAGGGCGACUGCAACAGGAGCAUGCAGCGCAACAUAGGCAUUCUGUCAUGGGCUAUGGGAGAAUGGUACCAGUCGGCAGUUCACAGAGCGCAGCUCUGGUCCAAGCUGGACCGGGAGCUGGCUUCCAAGGGCGAGUUCUUGCAGGCCGUCGCGGAGGCGCGGAGAAAAAAGCCAUUGCGAAGGACGGCCGAGGAGAUGGAAGGUGAAACGAAGAAGCAGCUGGCUCCCGCCUUGUCGUUCAAGAAGGCUGAGCUGGUUCACUUCAUGGGCCAGCAAGCUUUCGAGUUCAACAUACCCUCCAAAACAGGGUCGGAGGCGACGUCGUCUGUUCGGCUGGAGUGGAAGAUUGACUUUGAUUGGAUUGGGGAGGCACAGAACAAGGUGACUGUCAUGAUUGGUGUUCCGGGAAAGUGGCGCAAGGCUGACCAGCGCGGCGUGCUGGGAAAGCUUCCGAAGCUGUUCGAAGAUCUUGUAGAGGGAGGGCAGGACCCGUCUCUCGCUGUCAAGACGAUUGUAGCGUUGGUUGUAGGAGAACAGUAA